AUGCCAAUUCAGGUGGUUAGCAUGAAUAAUUCAUUUGGCUGGUCCUCAAUUACCAUGGAACCAAUGAACUCGUGGUCCUCUUCCAUGAAGGCAACUGUGCCAUUGUUAGAGGAGGUUCUUUCCACCGGCAAAAAUCAAUUUAAAAACGAUACUCCCCUACUUGUGCAGCGAGAAGGCGAUAUCGAAGAAUGUUAUUUCUCGUUUACCUUGAGUCCCAUAUUUGAAGAGGAUAAAACUGUUGGCGGCGUGUUUGUCACUGCACGGGAAACGACUCAACAAGUUUUGGCUGCCAGAAGAUUGAAAACUUUAAGCGAACUAGGAAAUCAAGCAUUCAGAGCAAAAUCAUUGGAGAGCGCUUGCCAUCUUAUAACUUCCACCUUAAUUGAUAAUAACGAAGAUAUUACCUUCACCUUGUUCUAUAUUAUUGAUGAUCAUCCGGAUGUUCAUGGUAAAGUUGCGCGUCUGGCGGCCACAACUUUCGACGAAGGUAUUAAGACGGUGAAAAACGAUGGGAAUGCAAUUGAAGAACUGGUUUUUGUUGAAGGAGAGUCAAAAAGGGAACUACCGGAUUUUUUAUUGGAAACUUUUAAUGUGAUAAAAAUCACCAAAACUGUUGAGACGGAAAUGAAUUGCAACGCAUCUGGGGUUCGGGAAGCAUCACCUACAUCAGACACAAAUUAUUUUAAACCAUCUUCAUGGCCAAUUAAUAAAGUGGCAAGGUCAAAGUCGCAUUUAGUUGUUACUCUGAAUAAUGGUGCCCGGGCAAUCCUUCUGCCGGAAUACAUGGCAUUCUUGCAGUUUUCGCACAUCAAUACAGGUGAAUUGGAGCCUCGAUUCAGGGAGGAUGAUAUUGUGAAGUGCACUCUCGAAUUGGCCUCAACUUUUAAGAGCCUAGCAAAACUAUUAAAGCUAGAUUAUUUCAUCGAGAUUCCAAGUCACGAUGAACUUUAUGGUAAAUUGAAAUCAAAGGUAUUCAUAGAUAAGGGAAUAUAUGAAAAGAUUCUGCUUAAUUUAUUCUCAAACGCGUUUAACCAUACUCGGACCGGUAGUGUCACGGUACGUUUGUAUCCCGAUCACCAGGAUGAAAGAGAGGCGAUUAUAUUAGAGGUCUCGUACACAGGCACUAGAAUUCCGGAAAACGAUAUCUCAAAUCUAUUUCAACGACUUUAUCGCGUUAAAUCAAGUCACUCCCGUAAUUACGAAGGUGCCGGUGGCAUAGGUCUUGCACUCAUAAAAGAACUAGUGACAAAACAUUAUGGCGAAAUCUUCGUACAAUCCGAUGUGAAAAAAGGAACCACCUUUCGUCUAUUGUUUCCAACCGGUUGGGAACAUCUGCCCCGAAAACAAAUUCAUUUUACGAGCGACAACGAGUUUGAUGUGAAUCGGGAUUUCUAUAUUGAGGAGUUGGAACGAUUAACACAAACCGAUUCCGACCAUUCUGCCGACAUCGCUUCGAUUAACAAUGACACUGACACCAUAAGCUCGG